AUUUUUUAAAUAACUAUGUUUGGAAGAUAAAAAGGUAAUUCGGUAAAUGUUAAAAUUGCACGGUUCCAAUAAAAUAUGAAUGCGAAAGAGACCGCCGUAGUGGAUCAAGUCGUAUUAUGGACAAAGACUGUUAUUGAGUAUCGUGCAUCGCGCAUCUCUAAACGAUUGCAAUGUCAUGGAAUGACGAUAUCACUUAUGCUAUGACUCCCCUCAAACUCUUAACUUUACCAUUAGGCGUUUGGCCGUUGCAAAAAUAUAAUACAUUUUCUAUAGUUCGUUCUUUUGUGUGUGGCUUCUGUAUGAUCACGAUGAUAUUCGUGUUGUUCCUUGAAAUCAAUUUUGGUACCAGCAAUGCUUAUGUAAAACUUGAUGCUCUUAUGAUUAUGUUUUGUAACAUUCUCUGUGUACUGAAGCUGAUAUCGUUUCGCAUAUAUGCCGACAAUCUGACUCGCAAUUUCUCUUCUGCUGUAAAAGACUAUCUUGCAAUCGACAACGAAGGAAAACGCACCAUCAUGAGACGGCACGCAUUCAUGGGAAGGAUGAUUUGCUAUAGCAUCGUACUUUUUGCUUAUAUAGCUUCAUUAAUUUUUACGCUAGCGCCUAUCAUAGCAGGCGAUGGUGAGGACAUCCAAGUUAAUGUAACCAUCAAGAAUCAAGCUUCAGAAUUACCCAUACCAGUAACAUUUUUAGGAGACUUGCAACUUCCUACAAGUGUAUUCUUCACAAUUUCUAUGAUGCAAUUAUUCAUAUUGAUGCUCACUGCCACCGGUAAUUGCGGCAAUGAUUCACUUUUCCUCGCUAUCGUUCUUCACGUUUGUGGUCAAAUGGAACUUUUAAAAAUGGAAUUUGUUAAACACGACACGACAAAAAAAGACGUAAAUAAGAAUUUUAUAGUACUGGCAUCAAGACAUUGUUAUCUAAUGGAACAUGCAGAACUUUUAGCAAAUGUAAUAAGUUUCGUUUUGCUUGUGCAAGUACUGAUUAGUUGUCUUAUUAUUAGUUUCAUUGGUUUCCAACUUAUCUUGGCAUUAAAAGCGCAUGACGCAGUAAUGAUUAUUAAAACCAUAACAGUAUUGAGCACUUUGCUGUUACAAUUGUUUUAUUAUAGUUUUGCAAGCGAUUAUCUGAAGUGUCAAAUGGAAGAUAUCGCAGAUUCAAUUUACAGUAGUAAUUGGUAUUGUUUGCCAACGACAUUGAUGUGGAACGUCUUGUUCGUCAUCAUGCGAUCGCAGCAACCAGUUCAGCUGUUAGCUGGCAAAUUUUUAAUUGUGAACAUUAAAACUUUUAUGAACAUAUUAAAAAGCUCGUUGUCGUAUUUAUCCGUACUACGAGUGAUGGUCGAUGCGUAGGUACUCUCUUAACGCUAAUCCGUCAACAGUCUAUUGUCAAAUCAAAAAUUAGUUAGACUAACUCCUAUAUAUAUGCCAUACUUAUUGAAAAUUCAAUUUAUCAAAUGCUAUUAUGUGUAAAAUAAUAUUAUACUAAUAAAAAUGUUAUAAUGUACAA